UCUUUUGUACCAAACAGCUAAAAACCCCACCAAAUGCGUGCUGUUUUCAGACUUGUGUACGACAUAAAUGCUUUAAAAAUCAAAUAAAAUCCCUGAUCCAGUGAUGAGAGCCAGCUUAAAUGUUCAACAGAGACUGAAGGCCAAAUUCACAACCCUUCCCCGUGGGAAAUCGAAUUGACUUCUCCUUCAUGGAAACUUCUUAAAGGCAUAGAGGAUGUUGCUACUAAUAGGAUUUCUUCUAUGAUCAGAGAAACAGGUUUCAAUGUUUGAGGUCCUCUUCUGUGGCAGUGUGUAGGACAGACCUGAAGAUCAUCUUGCGCCUCAGCUUGCCACAAACUGCAAACAGCAAAAUGACAGUCAGGUGAUUCAUGGCAGGGGACGUGGAAGGGUUUAGCUCCUCCAUCCAUGACACCAGUGUCUCUGCUGGAUUCAGAGCACUGUAUGAGGAGGGAUUGCUUCUUGAUGUCACACUUGUCAUUGAAGACCACCAAUUUCAGGCUCAUAAAGCACUGCUUGCCACCCAGAGUGAUUACUUCAGGAUUAUGUUCACAGCUGAUAUGCGAGAACGAGAUCAGGACAAAAUCCAUUUGAAAGGUCUGACAGCUACAGGCUUCAGUCAUGUCCUCCAAUUCAUGUACUAUGGAACUAUUGAACUGAGUAUGAACACUGUUCAUGAAAUCCUACAGGCUGCCAUGUAUGUCCAGCUUAUAGAGGUGGUAAAAUUUUGCUGCUCUUUUCUCUUAGCUAAAAUCUGCUUAGAAAACUGUGCAGAAAUUAUGAGACUUCUGGAUGAUUUUGGUGUAAACAUCGAAGGAGUCAGGGAAAAAUUGGACUCCUUUCUGCUAGAGAAUUUUGUGCCACUCAUGUCCAGACCUGACUUCCUUUCAUAUCUGAGCUUUGAGAAGCUCAUGUCUUACUUGGAUAAUGAUCAUCUGAGCAGGUUUCCAGAGAUAGAGCUGUAUGAAGCUGUUCAGGCCUGGCUGCGCCAUGAUAGAAGACGCUGGAGGCAUACGGACACCAUCAUUCAGAACAUCAGGUUUUGUUUGAUGACACCAUCCAGUGUUUUUGAGAAGGUAAAAACAUCAGAGUUUUAUCGAUACUCCCGGCAGCUGCGACAUGAGGUUGACCAAGCCAUGAAUUACUUUCAUAGCGUUCACCAACAGCCUUUGAUGGAAAUGAAAUCGAACAAAAUUCGUUCUGCCAAACCCCAGACUGCAGUAUUUAGAGGAAUGAUAGGACACAGUAUGGUAAACAGUAAAAUUCUUCUCUUGCACAAACCAAGGGUCUGGUGGGAAUUAGAGGGUCCUCAAGUACCUUUACGACCAGACUGCCUUGCCAUUGUGAAUAACUUUGUGUUCCUGUUAGGUGGGGAAGAACUGGGGCCAGAUGGUGAGUUUCAUGCUUCAUCCAAAGUAUUUAGAUAUGACCCAAGACAGAACACUUGGUUACGAAUGGCAGACAUGUCUGUUCCACGUUCUGAGUUUGCUGUUGGAGUUAUUGGGAGGUAUGUUUAUGCAGUGGCUGGGAGAACCAGGGAUGAAACGUUUUACUCAACUGAACGGUAUGAUAUUACUGAAGAUAAAUGGGAAUUUGUGGAUCCCUAUCCAGUCAAUAAAUACGGACAUGAAGGGACUGUGCUUGGUAACAAGUUGUAUAUCACUGGUGGAAUUACAUCAUCUUCAACUUCUAAGCAAGUGUGUGUGUUUGAUCCCAGUAAAGAAGGGACAGUAGAGCAGCGAACAAGGAGAACUCAAGUGGUCACUAACUGUUGGGAGAACAAAUGCAAAAUGAAUUAUGCAAGAUGCUUUCACAAAAUGAUUUCUUAUAAUGGUAAGCUUUAUGUCUUUGGUGGUGUCUGUGUGAUCCUGAGGGCCUCCUUUGAAUCUCAAGGAUGUCCUUCUACAGAGGUUUAUGACCCAGAUACUGAUCAAUGGACUAUAUUGGCUUCUAUGCCAAUUGGUAGGAGUGGUCAUGGUGUAGCUGUUCUGGACAAACAGAUAAUGGUUCUUGGAGGCCUUUGUUACAAUGGUCAUUACAGUGAUUCGAUUCUCACCUUUGAUCCAGAGGAAAACAAAUGGAAAGAAGAUGAAUAUCCAAGGAUGCCGUGCAAGCUGGAUGGCUUACAAGUCUGCAGCUUGCACUUUCCUGAAUAUGUUUUGGAGCAUGUUAGACGUUGCAGCUAAAACAGAAUGAACAACCCAAUGAAAUACAAAAAGCUAUACCUAAUUUGUCAAAAAAUACAAACCGGUUGAAUUCCAUCAGAGACAUCACCUUGUGUAUAAGAACAACUGCUAAAUGCUUAAGAGAAACAGGAUGUACAGGGAGUGUACUUACCAAGUUUAUUAGAAAAGCCAAUAGUUGAUCUGAUAUUGUAAAAGCUUUGGUUUUUUUAACAAACAUAAUUGUAAGUAGGGGAAAGAAAAAUAUAUUUUUGAGUGUGCUUAUUUUUUUGGUAGCAUCUUAUGUCCAUAAUACAUACUUUUUUUUUUUUUAUGGUCAUUAUACCACUAUGCUUCUGAAAUCAGCUGAGUUUAACAAAAUAUUUGUGGAAGGAAGAGAAGAAAGACUUUAUUUUCAUUUUUUAUUGAGCAUCAAAAUAGAACUCAUCAUCUGUACUAGGGUAUAACCAGGUAUAAAAUAACAAAAUGAAACCAUUUCUGUAUUUUAUGUUGUCUUUUGGAUGCUUUUCCCAUUAAUUGUGAAGUAUUCUCAAAUCUACUAGGUGUUUUUGUUUUCACUUGUAUAUGUUGAAGAAUAACUUAACCCCUUUGCAUGACCUUUUUCUUGGUUUUGUAUAGUAGUACCAGUAAGUCUGCCAAAAUGCAAAUUACAUGUUUUCUACUAAAUUGAAAACAAAACAUUUUUAUAUUCAAAACACUAUUUCUAUGCUGCCUUCUAUUGUCUGCAUUGUGUUUGUUGGUGAGUAAAAAAAAUAUACACGCACAUGCAUACACUGUAAAAACUACAUAUAAAUACAUCUUUUUAUGUGCAGUUACAAUAUUAUAUUUUAACUAGUGCACUGAUUCAGCCAUAUCUGUUGAAUUUAAGGUAUAGUACUAUCCUUUAAUGAGCUAAAUAAUUGGAAGUUCUUAAGUAACUGGAGGCCUCGUUUGGUAUCAAAAUUUCUUUAGUAUAUACUGAUUGAUUCAGUAACUUUAAACUCUUUAUAUCGAUGCUACAUAAUGAACUGUUGAUAGUUUGUUAUUUUAUAAAUUAUUUUUUAAAAAGUAAACACAUCUUACCUGAGUUUGUUCUAUGUUUGAAUGUGCUGCCCAGUUUUCUUUUUUUAUGAAAAUGGAAAAUGUCAAUAAGCAAAUGUCCAGCACUGCUUCGACCCACAGUUAUUUUCGGAACUGGAUAUACUACAGUUUAUUCUCAGUACUUUGCUUGUACUCAUAAUUCAAUAUGAGUUCUUUGUUUGUACUCGUAAGUGGUAUAAUCUUUUUUUAUUAUUAUUAUUUUAAUUAUCAACUGCUAUGAACUACUGUGUUGAAAAUGUGGAAUUAGGUGGUUGGAUGAUUAGUACCAUUUAUGUUUCUUUUACAAAAAAACCUACGCAACUAUAGCUACUGACCUCAGAGUGCCUGAAUCGAGAUGUGUGGUCCAAGAGGGCUUUGAAUACCUCCAUUGUGUUAACUUGCAGAUAUUACUGACAGUAGAUUGGUAAGAAUUAUCUGCCAAGACAUAAAUAACAACAGUAAUUGCAUUCUGAUUAUCUUUAAUGAUGUGAAAUUAGCUACUUCGAGAAUCUAUAGGAGAGAUUUGGAGAAGUUGGAAGGCUCACACUUAGUUCAGAUGCAUAGGGGCAAAAUGCUGAAACAUGCACCUGCAUAUUUUGUAAACUCUUAUGCUGCUGUGUUUCACUUUAAGCAAUAGACUUUACUUUAUAUGCAGCAAUGCAAAAUCACUUUAUUCGGCAUCUUCCAGUCAGAAAUCACUGUAGAAAAGGAAUGUACAGUACUCAGGGAGUUCAAAAGAAUGCACUUAAAAAGGGACCAAAAUCGCCCUAAAUUUCCUAUGUUGAAAAUAACAUCUGCUUGCCUAAAUUAAGUUUGAAGUAAUUGAUAACAGUUAAAAUGAUGUGUAAAACUCCUUAUACUUGUAUUUUGGUAUUUUUGUAGUAAUUAUGUUCUGGGUUGAGAUGUGAGGAUUUGGAGCUAUACGGCAAGUUGGCAAUUUUUUUUUUUUUUAAAUUAGUAAUGAUUUAUUGACAGAGUAUUUUCUUUCCAUAUGUUUUAACAGAAAGAGAGAAUGUAUGCCAUCAUAGCUGUAGUGAUAAGUUACUUAUACCAGUAGUGACUGGACCAAAUAUUGAUAUUCAGCCUUCUGAUGCAGACUAGUU